AUGUUCCUUCUUUUCUUAUUUAUUUUCAUUUCUCUCUUAGGCCAUGUGUUUUUUUUACUCAGAAAUUCCUGUCUUUUAAUGCCUUCCUUUCUUUUUUUCUUUUCUGCCACACCAUUGUUACUUCUGUUCAAUAUUUUCAGUUUGUUUACUUUUCUUUCUUUUUGCCAGGCCAUUAUUAAACUUCUGUUCUUAAAGAGCGCGUCGGCGUUUAAGAAGAGAGAGGAUCGGCACAGACGGUGCCGGUGCAGCCUGUUCGUCCUUCGAAUGACAUUCGUGCUAUCCCUGAAAAGGACUAUCGCAUAUCAUGUGGCCAGGCUAGUCCUGAAAAAGACUAUCGCAUAUAAUGUUCGGCUGCUGCUGAGGUUGGGUCGGCCCGCUGCUGCUGCUGCUGCUGCUGCUGAAAAAUACCAUACCCCAAACCAUGACUCCUCCUCCCAUCUGUCUCUUGUUGAGAAUAACAGGUUCACCUUUCUCGACCAUGUACACCACCCGUCAAGUCCAUCGAACUUAAAACGUUUUUCAUCAGUAAAUAUCACUUUCUUGAAGUCGACAUGGUUUGUUAUGCAUCUUUUGGCGCUUCCCAGCCUUGCCUCCUUAUGUUUUCUCGUUAGUGUAAUUCUUUUCUUGAUUUUAGCAUACUUAAGUCCAAUUUCGUGUAGCUUUCUUUGUACAGUUCGAACACUGACGUCAAGUUCAUACCUCUCUUUUAUUUUCUUCGCUGUUACUUUUUCUCUGGAUGAUAACAACCUCGUAACACUCCUCUUCAUUCCAUCUUUCUGUUCUCUUGGAAAUUGUUUUUUUUCCGUCCUCUUUUCUUCUUCUUCCGCUCAUAGUCAUGUAUUCAACUGUUGA